CUCCAACCACAGCUGCAGCCAAAGAGCAACCCUGAGCCAGCCCAGCAGGAAUGACUUUGCCCGGCAACGUACACAAGUCCGUGACAGACUCGAUCUGAGGGGACAUACAAACAGCAGCAGCUCGCAGCACCACUGCUGAUCCUACAGACACAGACACUGGCUCAUAGAAACAUAGAAUUUGAUGGCACAUAAGAACCUCUUGGCCCAUCUAGUCUGCCCCUUUUUUUAUCCUUUAGGUAAUCUCAACCCUUUUUGAACCUUAAUUCUUUGCUCCCUGUCUGUGCUGAGUCCAACAUAUGUGUAUAUAUAUAUGUCAGUGUACCAGGCCCCACAAUUUCUGUUGCCAGUCCUCUCUCUGGGAGGGGGCAGCCAAAUGGUAGGCUAGGUGGGGCAUGAUAUGGUAAAGUUGGUGGUGCAAGGGGCAUGGUACUGUGAUGGAGUUAUUGAAGCCCUGCUCAGGCAUAGUGUAAUAAAUCUGUCCAAUCAAAGAAUUGAAUGAAAAGAUUUGCCUGAUUUAGAAGGCUUUUAGCAGUGGCAGUUUGACCCUAUGGUACUCCAAUACUUCAGUCAGCAGAGACUGAGAUCACACAGUAUGCUGAGAACCAGUGAGAUAUAAAGUACACUGUAGACAAUGUAGGGGAGAGGUCAACAGGCAGAGCGACAAUAAUACAGUAAGAGAGAGAGAGCCUUUCAUCUCUUGAUAUACUGUAAUCUGCUGAGUUAUUGCCUUCAAUUGCCCUGUGACUAAGAAAAGUACUAACACGAGAGCCUUGCUCAGAGUUGGACAUCAAUGAAAGUUGCUGUAUUUUUAUGGCCACAACUUACACUUUGCAUUUUUUUUUUUUUGCAUCCCUUUUAUUACUGGGCAACUUGCACUUAUGGCCCUGUGUGCCAAGAGGGCUGACAUGGGGGUUGGAGAGUGUGUGACUAGGUAGAGUAAGCUCAUAUGGAUUGCACCUAAAAUGGCAAGUAACAAAGUACAAAUGUGCCUGUUUGGAGGGAUAUGACUUGCAGGUACUCAAACCCUGGUGCAACUGAUGAUGAUAAUGACACAGGCUACAUUGUCCAAUGCAUCUUAAACACAUAUUAAUGCAAAUUAAGUUGGAGUUCUGCAACUGUGAUUUAAAAGCAAGAUCAUAUUGAUCUUUUGUUUUUCAAAGUUAAAGUAUAUUUGGGAAGGCUGCCCACAUAUGUAUUGGUGUUGGAUGCAAUGCAUCAUAAAAAUGUACUUGUGUCUUUUUUUCUAUUGGAUACUUAUUGUUUGAACACUCAGCUUAUAUACUGAAUGUGUAUGAAUAGUAUACUGCAAUGUUAACAUCUUUUGUACUCACAGAGAAGCCAUACCUCCUUUCAUAUUCCUGGCAAGUGUUCUCCUGCUACUAGCCACGGAAGAAGGCACAUUUGCCACCUAUGAAGAGAUGGUCACAUUUCUUGUGUUUGUGGCCAAUUCAGAAAAUGCAACUUUUUCCUCUGGACACAUUUUGUCUGGAUGAGGUCCUGUGUUUGUUUCGUGCUACAGACACAAAACUAACAUGUUCCUGAACCAAAACCUGAGAUGACUGCAAAUGAGCUAGAGAGUGAUUGAUUCUAACAAAGUGUUAAGUAAAGGUGCUUACACCACUCUGCCGGUGAGCAGGGGUUACACAGUUUCUUUCUUUGUUAGUUAAUUAUUAUUUUAUAGUGUUGUUUUAUGUUGUGCAAUACCCUACAGAGUUGGUAGAUGUGUUAGAGGUGUACUAUGCAGAUUACAUAAGUGCUUGAUAAGUGUGUUGUGCACUCAAAGCUUUGGAGCAUUUCAUACUUCCACUAUGGCAGCUACAUGUAUUCUGUUUUCCAUGCUUCUUUUUGCUGCUAACUGCAAAGCUUUAGACAAGUUCAUUGGUGCAGUCUACGAACAUGCUGUUAUACUUCCAGAUGACACAAAGACACCUGUCUCAAGCGAUGAAGCCUUGGAUUUAAUGAAUAGAAAUAUGGAUAUUCUGGAAGAGGCAGUCAAGGCAUCAGCUCUGCAGGGCGCUCAUUUAAUUGUCACGCCAGAAGAUGGUAUUUAUGGUUGGAGAUUUACCAGAGAAACAAUUUAUCCUUAUCUAGAAGAUAUUCCUGAUCCUAAGGUCAACUGGGUUCCAUGUUCCGAUCCUGAAAGGUUUGGUCGAGCACCUGUUCAGACAAGACUGAGUUGUAUGGCAAAACAUAACACUAUUUAUGUAGUUGCAAAUAUCGGAGAUAAAAAAUUGUGUAAUAUUACUGAUGUUGGAUGCCCAGAUGAUGGUCAGUAUAACUAUAACACUGCUGUCGUAUACGACUCUGAUGGAAAGCUAGUAGCACGUUACCACAAGUAUCACCUGUUCCUCGGGGAGCUCCAGUUUAAUGCACCCAGUGAACCUGAGUUAGUGACAUUUGAUACCCCAUUUGGAAAGUUUGGUAUCUUCAUCUGCUUUGAUAUUCUUUUUUAUAACCCAGCUGUUGCCCUUGUGGUCCAGCACAAUGUGGACACUAUUCUGUUCCCCACUGCAUGGAUGAACCUCCUCCCUCAUUUAACUGCUAUAGAAUUCCACUCAGCCUGGGCCAUGGGAAUGGGUGUAAACCUUCUCUCUGCUAACACCCAUAACACAAGCAAAAGGAUGACAGGCAGUGGAAUCUUCUCCCCCGACAAACCGGAACCGUAUUACUAUAACAUGAACAAUGAGACAGGAGGCCUGCUUAUCUCCGAACUCAGAUCUCAUCCACGGAAAUCUUCAACAUACUCUCCAACCAAGUGGAACUUGUAUGCCUCUAGCAUUGAGAAGUAUCCUUCUGGCAGCAAUGUGUUCAGUGGUUACCUUUUUGCUGAUAAUUACACUUUCACUGAACUUAAUGAAUGCCAUGGAGAGUACACAGUGUGUCAAAAUGACCUCUGUUGCCAUUUAAGUUAUACAAUGUUGGAGAAACACAGUGACGAGGUUUAUGUAUUUGGAGUUUUCGAUGGGCUUCAUCUGGUGGAAGGGGAGUACUAUCUACAGGUAUGCACACUACUGAAAUGUCAAAGCAUGGAUUUAGAAUCGUGUGGGGAAUCUGUAGAGACUGCUUCAACUAGAUUUGAAUCAUUUGCUCUCAGCGGAAAUUUCUCUACUUCCUUUGUAUUCCCGGAAGUUUUGCUAACUGAUGUUCAUUUGGCUCCUAACAUGUUUCAGGUAUUGAAUGAUGGACGCCUUAUUAGCCAAUCUGGUAUUUCUUCACAUCCACUAUUAAGUGCAUCUCUUUUUGGAAGAUGGUAUGAAAAAGACCCAAGUGGAAAGUGAAAAUAUAAACAGAAAGAUAAAAAUUUUAUUUUAGGUUAUAUGUAAUUAGAGUAGAAUUCUUAUCUGUAACUUAGUAACAUAGUAAAAUAGUUAAUGAGGUUGAAAAGAGGCAAAAUGCCCAUUGGGUCCAACCUGUAAUCUGUCUUAAACCGAGUUCAUUAUAAUGUCCCAAUUGAAAUAAUGUUUUAUGUUUAGUUAUCAACUGUAAAUCAUGUUCCUCCCAGAUUAACAAUGUCAAUAUUUUAAAUACUAUAACCUUGGAUAUCUUUUUCAGUCAGAAAUGUAUCCAAUCCGUUUUUAAAUGCAGAUAUAUUUAAAUGCAGAUAUAGAGUCCACCAUUACACCUUCUCUGGAAGGGAAUUCCAGAUCCUUAUUGCCCUAACAGGGAAGAACCCUUUCCUACAUUGCGUAUUAACUCUCCUCUAGCCUCAGUGAGUGACCUUGUGUCUUAUACAGAGUUCUUUUAAUAAACAAUUCCUCUGAUAA